AUGAGCGGCGUCGGGUUCCGGUACGCGUACGACGUCGUAGUGCGUUGGCUGCUGCGGCGCAGCAGCAGCAGCAGCAGCAGAGCGGAGUUCCCGAUCCCCUGCACGCCCAGCAGCAGCAGCAGCAGCAGCAGCAGCAGCAGCAGCAGCAGCAGCAGCAGGGGGCCGAGUUUCACGCCGUGCCAGAUGUACCGGCACCUGCUGCUGGGCUCGCUGCUGCUGCAGGCGAACAGCAGCACUUACAAAGUGAACAGUUUGCUGCAGAGACACCCGGGGGGCCCCAAGUGUCUCCUCAAAAGAGCAGCAGCAAACUGCAGCAAAGACUUCAGCUUCCACUCCCGCUGCGGCCGCUGCUUGUGGGGUUGCUUCCAGGUAGGUGCUGCUGCUGCUUGCUGCGGCUGGUCGCAGCAGAAGCAGCAGCAGCUCGAGGGCCUCAGGCAGCAGCUGCUCGACAGCUACCAGCAGCAGCAGCAGCAGCAGCAGCAGCAGCAGCACGGGCUGCUGCUGCUGCUGCCGCAGCAGCACCAAAUGGUGCGCGCUCUUCGAGAUGCGGGCUGCAGCAAGUGCCGCCCUCUCGGGCGCAGCCCAGCAGCAGCAGCAGCAGCAGCAGCAGCAGCAGCAGCAGCGGGACCUGCUGCUGCUGCUGCUGCAGGUGUACAGGAACCACUUGCUGCGGCUGCCGAAGUAAAUGCAUCUGCUGCUUUUGCUGCCGCAGACACAGCUGCUGCUGCUGCUUCAGAGGCCAGCAGCAGCAGCAGCAGCAGCAGCAGCAGAGCUCAGCAGCAAAAAGAACAAACAGCUGCGUGGCUGGGCUGCAAAGGCAGCAGCAGCAGCAGCAGCAGCAAAAGGAGCAGCAAAAGCAGAAGCAGCGGACAAAGGCAACGCCAGCAACAGCAGCAGCAGCAAAAGCCGGUGCAGCAGACAGAAAGCAGCAGGAGCAGCAGCAGCAAAGAGAAGCAGAGAAUAGCAACAAAAACAGCAGCAGCAGCAGCAGCAGCAGCGAGAGCAGCAGCAGCAGCAGCAAAAGGACGCCUAGUAGCAGCUAAUAAAAAAGCUCAAGAGUUCACAACGAAAAAAAACUGCUGCAGCUCGCAGCGUCGUCGUGUGGAAGUCUAG